CCAUGGGCAAGCGAGAUAAUCGGGUGGCCUAUAUGAAUCCUAUAGCAAUGGCCAGAUGGAGGGGCCCAACUCAAUCUGCAGGCCCAACAAUCCAAGAUUAUCUGAAUCGACCAAGGCCCACCUGGGAAGAAGUGAAGAAACAAUUAGAAAAUAAGAAGAAAGGCUCUAAGGCAUUAGCUGAAUUUGAAGAAAAAAUGAAUGAGAAUUGGAAGAAAGAACUCGAAAAAAGCAGAGAGAAAUUAUUAAGUGGAAAUGAAAGCUCAUCCAAAAAAAGAGAAAGAAAGAAAAAGAAAAAGAAGAAAUCUUGUCGGUCUUCAUCUUCUUCAUCAAGCUCUGAUUCUUCAAGCAGUUCUUCAGAUUCUGAGGAUGAGGAAAAGAAACAAGGGAAAAAGAGAAAGAAGAAGAAGAACCGUUCAUACAAAAUGUCAGAAAGCUCUACAUAUGAAUCAGAAUCAGAAAGCAAGGAAUCUGUGAAAAAGAAAAAGAAGUCAAAGGAUGAAAUAGAGAAAGGAAAGGAUACUAGGAGCCUCAGCAAGAAAAGAAAGAAGACUUAUUCCGAGGAUAAACCUUUGUCAUCUGAGUCCUCAUCAGAAUCAGAUUAUGAAGAGGAGGUACAAGCAAAAAAGAAGAGAAGGCAUGAAGAGCGAGAAAAAGCAAUGGACAAGGCAAAGAAGAAGAAGAAGAAACAACACAAGAAACAUAGUAAGAAGAAGAAAAAGAAGUCUGGUUCAAAUCACAAGUCAGAAUAACACCAAGAAAAAGCAAGAUUUCCAUAUUUUUUAAAAAAAAGCAGUCUAAAGGAAACUUCAACUGUGAAAGUUAGGGCAUAUUUACCAAAAUGCGUGAGUUUCCCUGUGUUAGUAGAAUUAUUCCUGGACUUUGAGUUGCCAGUCAAAUGCCAAUGUGCCAG